AGGCAUCGCGCGGCCGUCAUGGUGGGCGGGGCUUGCAGGCAUACUUGAAGUGUUUCCGAGGCUCCACCCUGCAGGUGGAACUCGGUGCUUCUGCUGUUGACACCAACUUCGUAAGAAUAAAGAUUCAGCCAUGAGGGGGUGCUCUAGCAAUCUUCAUCGAUUUGUCCUCUUCACCAUUUUCGGCUUGUUUGUCGGAGGAGCUUCUGUAUCAGGACUGAGGAUCUGCUCCUACAACGUGAAGCGCUUCAACUCAGAAAAAGCAGCAAAAUAUGCAGUCUUACAUACGCUGACACGGAUCGUGUCGCGCUGUGAUGUCUGUCUGCUGCAGGAUGUGGUCGAUUCCGAUGGAAAAGCAAUCGAACGUCUGGUUUCUUCGCUCAACAGGAAAUCGGACAGGUAUGACCAACAUCGUUAUGAGGCUGUGGCGAGUGGCGCUCUGGGGAAGGCCUCUGACCUGCAGAAGUACGUCUUCAUCUACAAAACGCCCCUGGUGAACGUGACGGCGCAGCACCAGACGGCGGGAUCCGCCUUCCUCAGGCCUCCGUUUGUCGUCCAGUUCUACAGCAAGAAAACAGACAUCAAGGAGUUUAUUUUGGUUCCUCUCCACUCCGACCCUGACGAUGCAGUGCGGGAGAUCGACGGUCUCUAUGACGUCUUUCAGGAAGUCAGUGCAAUGUGGAACAACCAGAAUGUGAUGUUCCUGGGAGAUUUCCAUGCCGGCUGCGCUUACGUCACUCGCAACGACAGGAAGAACAUCCGACUCUUCACCAACACCAACUUCACGUGGUUGAUAGGAGACCGAGAAGACACCACCGUCACCGAGCAGACCGACUGUGCAUACGACAGGAUCGUGGUUUAUGGAGAACCCUUCCUGAUGGCAACAAGGCCACAGUCUGGACGAGUCUUCAAUUUCGGCAAAGAGUUUAAGAUCAAUCGGAAUAUGGUGCUGGCUGUUAGCGACCACUUUCCAGUGGAGGUGAGAUUGAAAGGCUCCGCCUUCUUCCUUCAGGCCACGCCCCUGCUGAUCCUCCUCGGUGUCUCUGCAGUGAUCUAGUUCUUCGUUGCCACUCUGUGAUCGUCUUCUCCUGGAUUUUAAUGAAGCAGUUUAUUAAUCUGUGAUAAUCUUUAGCAGAUGUGAUUAAUGUACAGGAAGAAUGUUUGGUUUUUAAAUGUUCCAGUUUCUGGGUUUUAUUUCCUCCUCUCAGCUGGAGAAAUGUUUAAAUAAGGAGAUUAGUUAUGAUCUGUUGCUCAGCUUCUCUAAUCUGAUGACCUGCAGGAAACGCCUCCAGACUGGGAGAAGAACCUUUUUUACAUGUUUUAUGGUUUUAAAUGAAAAUGGUUGUUUUUAUCUGAUUCCAGGGUUAUUUUCCAUAUUUGUUCUGUUUAUUUUGCUGUAAAUGUGUUCACAUUGUGCAGAGUCUGAUGAAAAAUGGUUAGAUGGCAGGAAACUGCAGAACUUGAAUAA